AUGAACAUAGCUAUCACCAACAAUGGAUCGAAUACCGAAGCGUCUUGGGGGCCUCCUCCGCACGUCUACGAUGAUGGGUCGCCGUCGCUGCCGCUAAAGGCACAGCUCGAAGCGGCCAUGUGCACGACCCUCCCCCUCGGCGCCGCCGACCCCGCGCGGUCCUUCCUGCCGAACGACGAGCUCCACCGGCUCGUCACCCCCGCAUCGGCGCUCCGGACACUACGGGAAUGCGCGCCCGGCUUCACGGAGGAGAUCCGGAGCAUCUUCGCCGAGACCAUCUUCAAGAAAUCGCCGGCGCUGAUCAAGAAUUUUGCGAUCCUGGUCCUGAUUGGUCGCGCCGACGCGAUCUUCAAGUUCAUGGACAACUCCAUCAGCGACGGCGACCUGCCCCUGGAGCCGACUGCGGAGGGCAGCACGGUCGUCGGAUCGCUGAGUGCUUCCAAGUGCUUCGAUCUCGCGCUUGCGGGGCUCGGGUGGGAUGAGGUCGUGGCGUUUGAGGAGAUGCAGUGGAGGGUCUGCGUGCCUGUGAUGGAGGAGCUGGGCGCCGAGGGCGAGCCACGCCUCUUCCACCAGAAGACUAUUCUGCCCGACGCCCCAAACAUCAGUCCCUUUCUCACAGCCUUCAAACACGGCUCGACGCCGUACCUCGUACUCCCCUGGGCCGAUAAUGAUCUACAAUCCCUCCUGGCCCAAACCGACGCCCCCAAAGAGGAGGGACAGGCGGCGCUCACCGUGAAGCAGAUGCUCGGCAUCGCGGAGGCCCUCAAGGCGAUCCACUACUGGCGCGUCAAGAGCCGCAACAAGACUGCCGGUGGCUCUGUCGGCGCUGCAGCCGCCGUGCACGGUUACCACGGCGAUCUCAAGCCCGAGAACAUCCUCGUCAUGGACGGACGCUGGAAACUCGCAGACUUUGGGCUCUCGUCCGUCCGUCAGCAGCCCGAGCAAAGGCCGCUGGGAUUCUCGCCGACGUAUCGCGCCCCGGAGCAUGACGGCGGGCAGUUCGACGGGCAGCAGGCGGACAUGUGGUCGCUCGGGUGUGUGAUGAGCGUCGCUGCGACGUGGAUGGCUCUGGGGAAGAAGGGCGUGCGCAGCUUUCGUGCAAAGCGCGCACUGCGUGGCGAUGCUGCGUCGCGGGUGAAUGGCAAGGUCGAUGACUCCUUCUUCGAGGCCCGGGACAAGAGGAAGGGCAGCGGGCUGCGGGUCAAGCCUGCUGUGACACAUUGGAUCGACAAGCUUCACCAAUCUCCUACCGCCAGCCCUCUCAUCCACGACCUCCUCGACCUGGUCAAGAAUGACAUGCUAGAGGUGGAUGGCGACAAGCGGAUCACUAGUGCCCAGCUCGUGGAUAGGCUGAGGGAGAUCCAUCGCAAGUGCUCUGAUGAGCCGGAGUACGCCAAGCCUGACCCUCAUGCGGCGAAUAAGGCCGUGGUUCCCAAGACGAUUGACCAUGCGGAAGCCCCGCGAUCCAUCAGCGUAAACAUGAUGCGGCUUCCUUACAACCAUGGCACAUGGCCGCUGGAUUCCCACCAGCUGGCUCCACCCAGCUUCAAUCCGGAACCGGACGGGAGGUCUUCGACAUGGGCGGCGCCUGAGCAGUCCUUUGGCGAUUCAAGUCUGGGACUCGGCAGCGACUUGGCUGUGGCGAAUCCGGUAUCCCAUACCAUCCCAAUGGCCAGUCCCAAAUCUCCACGCGGUAAAAGGCGACGAGAUGCGGAAUCGGGAUCGCCGGCGCAAAGCAAGCGCCAGAAGUCCGCGUCCCCUAGGUCUCCCACUGACAAACCCUCCGGAGAACUCUUUGCGUGCCCAUAUUUCAAGCAUGACCAGGAGAAAUACGGCACCAAGGAGUGGAACUCAUGCGGUGGUCCCGGAUGGGAGAUUCACAGACUAAAGGAGCACCUGAAGCGUGUACACCGGGUCAAAGGCCACAGGUGCAACUGCUGUCUCCAGAGAUGGUCCUCUCUAAAAAGGCUGUCUGAACACCAGCGUUCCGACGUCCACUGCAUCAAGCAGGAGGACACAGGAGAUGACAGCAUCGACGAAACGCAGUGGGGAAAGAUCCAGGAGAGGAACCGUGGAAUGGAGGGCGCCGCCAAGUGGACGGAGAUCUACAAGACCAUCUUCCCGCUGGACGCCGUCCCAUCUCCUUAUCGUGAUGAACCGACAAAUAACUUAACUCUUGCCGAUUUCCGGAAUUUCCUGGAAAAUACCAUGCGGCAGCAGAUCAGUCCUGCGGGGCAGGUCAGAUGCCAGAACGGGCUGGACUUGCUCACCGAGUUCGAAUUGGCCAGAUCUUUGUCUAAUUCAACGACUACAUCUGAGGUUCCCUCGCUCGUGGUUGACAACAGCCGUUGCGAUACAGGCAUGACCACAUCGAGCUUCGAGUCACCCGUGUUCACGGAGGCAUCGCCUUCGAUCAUUGGCUUCGGUACUGAGGACGCCGGAUUCGACAUGUCUCCCUGUGCGCCUGGAAUACCACAGCCCUUGUCAUUCGGCCACGACUUUCCCCUCUUUCCGCAAUCGGCUCAUGUCGAGAUGGGGGCAGGCUGGCAGGCGCCGUCCUUCCCCCCAAUACCUGGUCUGGCGGCAUAUGAUGGGGCUGGCAUGUUUCUCGACGGCUCUUCGGGCUCCGCGAUGAUGUGA